UCGUCGAGACACUAUGCAAACUUGAGAUGAUAUUCCCUCCAUUUUUUGACUCAAUGGAGCAUCUCCCUAUACAUCUACCGUUCGAGGCAAAAGCUGGAGGACCGGUCCAAUAUAGAUGGAUGUACCCAUUCGAACGGUACUUGUUUAAUCUCAAGAAAAAGGUUAAGAACAAGGCGCAUGUUGAGGCUUCGAUAUGUGAGGCCUAUAUUGUUGAGGAGAUCUCAACAUUUAUCUCGUACUAUUUCGAACCUCAUCUGAGAACGAGAAUCAAUCGCGUUCCACGGCAUGAUGAUGGCGGUGAAGUGCCUUCCAGUGGGAACUUGUCAAUAUUCUCCAAUACUGGACGACCCACACCUAAAAAUGCCGUAAGAGGAAGAUAUUUGUCGGAAAUAGAGUUCAAACAAGCACACAACUAUGUUCUAUUUAACUGUGAUGAGCUGAGACCUUUUAUUCAGCAACAUCGUCAAUAUUUGCUAUCCAAUAACUCACAGCUGACCGAAUCCCAGAUCUUUCAAUUACAAGAUGAGCAGUUUGCCACGUGGUUCAGAACACAUGUAAGCACUAUCACAAACUCAUUCUAACUUGCAAAAUUACUGUACGUAUGCAUGUCAUUACGAGAUUCUCGUUC